AUGAGCUGGAACGCUUAUGAUCAAGAGGAAAGGAAGAGCGGGAAGGUCAUGGAUGAUUGUCGAGGGGACGAGGACGACGAGGAGGACGGAGACGAGGGCAAGGACAAGGACAAGGCAGAUGGGUCAUCAUCAUCAUCAUAUGUAGUCCUGAAGGUAAAAGCGCAGCAAGUCAGCACGUAA